AUGAGAAACGCUGACUUCACAGCUUUUGGUAAAGGAAAACAUUCACCAAAGAUACCACCAUUAGGUGUAAAUGAACAUUCAAGAGGGAUUUCAGGUGGACCUCAAUCUAAACUCACGUCCAAAGGGUUUGGUAAGAUUGUAGAAACUGGUGGUGGUGGUGCUGGUUCGAUUUUAGAUGAUGAUGAUAUUAGUCCACUUCAAGUUACGAUUAGAAGUGCUACUGUUUUCUUUAUUCUUAUCAAUUUAUUCAUUUAUAUAGCUAUUGCUAGUUUUCAAAAGCGUUGGGAUGUUGGUCCAUCAGGUCUAACAGGUUUAGCUCUAUUUGUCCUCUGUCAAGCUUUCCUACACGCUUUAUCAUUCUUAGUAGUACCUCAGAUAUACGAACGAACAGAUACAUUAAAAGGAUUUGCUCGUGCUAUUCGAUUAACUCGUGUUCAAUUCAUCGUCUAUGGAACCCAAACUGGUUUCACACUCAUUCUAUCAUUGGUCUCUACUAUUUCUGCAUAUACUGGUGGUUGUAAGAAUCGAGAUUCAGAUCCGAAUUCACAAUUAAAAGAUUAUACUGCCAAUAUGGGUGGUUUCUGUAGAAACAAACGAGCCGCCGCAGCAUUUUGGUGGUUCAGUUUCAUUUCAUUUGCUUUCUCACUUGGAAUCGUUCUUAAAUCUUGGUAUUCGAUUCGAAAGAUGGGACCAUCUCAUCCAGCAUUCGAACCACCAAGAGGUGGAAGAACAAUAGAUGAAGAACAACAAGCAGAAGAAGAAGAAGAAGAUGAGGAUCCAUUACGUAGUGAGAUGUCUGCAGUAAGACACAGCAAUGUAGGAGGCUAUUAUGGUGAUCGACCUGUCUUUGAAGCUGAUCGGAUUCCUACGGGUUACGCAAGACCUGUACCGUACGGACAACAACCUUCAGUUCCAACCACAAACGAAGUGGUGUAUCAAAGACCAGUGAUGUCAACCUAUAACGAUCCAUUUGAUGAGAUCCGUGCUCAAAUCUAUUCAGCUGGUCGAUAA